AGAUGGACUCCGACCCGUCACAUGAUGACCUCAGGCGAAAGAGUGCCUGUCCUGAGAACGGCCCUAUCGUGCUCUUCCUGAACAAUCUCGAAGGCCUGGAGGACAAACGAGGCCUCUUGGACGAGCGUGGCGGAUCAGCACACCCUCGCGCCCACGAUUGCCCGAGCCCACACGCCAGUAGCUCGUUCGAACCCCACACCUCCGCAGCCGCCUCGAUUAGCUCGCGACCGCCUUCUGGCGACUUGGUCCGCCCCGACUCCUCCGACACACGCCCCGAGCACCCCGGCCCCCCAGAGAGCGCCUGCCAAUACCCUUCCGACACCGGCCAGCACGCCCACGCGCUCUUGGGAACCAUGAGUGUCGUUUUCGAACACAGGGCGAGCAUGUUCCACCCCGACGGCAACUAUCCGCCGAUUGGGGAGGCCCCCGACCUACCCGACGUGGGCGCCGACGUGCACGUUGUCGCCCACAAUGUCGCAGUUGUCCAUGACGUCGCCGACAUCCACCCCGAAGUCCACCCCGAAGGCCAUGCCGAAGCACAGCAAGACAUGAUGCACGACCCCAAAUCGGACCCUGUCCAUGAUGUCCAGGCUGUCCACGAUGUUCCCGAGCCGCAAGACGCCACACAGCCUCACGACGUCCACCCUGACCACCAGAUGCACGAGGCGCACCAAGUACAUGGCGUACAUGGAAUUCACCAGAGCCAUGGCGACGCCGGCGAUGUGGUUCACGAGGUGCACGAAGUGCACGACGUCGUCCACGAGAUGCAGAACGUCCACCAGGUGCACGGUGUCCUGCACGACGAUAUGCAGCCCGACGAGUCCUCGCGCUUCGACGAGACGGACGUAGCCGAGCUGGCGGCUGCUGUCCAUGGCUACGCCGCGCAAUCCUCAGGCAUGGUCGAGUCGGAGCCGACUUUGCAGAUGGUGCAUGGGCUGCCCGACCUUCCCGUGCUCGCCGCCGACAAGCCAGACUCGCCGCCGCCGCAAGUUGUUAACGGCAACCACCGCAUCAAGUUGAUACCCAAGCCGGAGCGCCAGCCUACCAAGAACCUGACAGGGAAGUUUAUCUGCACCUGGGAGGGCUGCCAGGAGGAUGUGCGCGAGUUUGGUCGCAAGUGCGAAUGGAACAAGCACAUGGACAAGCACGAUAGACCCUACAAGUGCCUCGCCGAAGGAUGUGAGAAACUGGCAGGGUUCACAUAUUCUGGGGGCCUGCUACGGCAUGAGCGCGAGGUACACGCCAAGCAUGGGGGGCCAAAGAAUCCUCUCAACUGCCCACAUCCGACAUGCAAGCGGCACACAGGCAAAGGCUUUUCGCGACAGGAGAACCUUAACGAGCAUCUUCGCAGGUGUCAUAGAAAUGGGUCCCCCUCCAACGCGGGCGGCGACACAGACGACGCCGCAAGCGAGGUUGCGGCAGCAGGCGGCGUCGCGAUGCCCGGUAGCGCGGCCAAGCGGAAGCGAGAUGCCGCGGACGACGACCUGGCCGACCUCCGGGCAGAGGUUAAGAAGACUCGCAUGGAGAACGACGAGCUUCGACUGCAGCUCGAGAUGCAGAGCCGGCAGAUCGAGGACAUGGUACAGCAGAUCCGCGAGCUUCGGCAAACCCCCGAUCUUCAGCAGAGCCCCGAAAUCCUCCAGUGAGGGGCUUUUUCAGGCAGAUUUUCCUCCCACCCAAACCAUGCCACUCUGGUUUCGCCGCGCAGGCCACGUUCGAAUCACGUGCUUUAUUGCGCCAUUUCUUCUAUCUCAUGGCGCCUGUCGCCACCUUUAUCCUCAGCGCCUCUUUGCUUUCUCUACUACCAUUUCUAUACAUGUAUCUUAUUCGUCCUUUUGCCCCUUUCCCCCCCUUUUUUUUCCUUUUCUCUAUAGAUUACGGGCGGCGUUGGGUGGGACACGGUUGGGUUUAGACAUUAUGAGACUGGAGACGGACGCAUGAUUUCAACGUUUUUUCUUCUGAGAACACGAACGAUUGGAGUUGACGGGUGCGCGCGAUGCGUGCACUCCUUUUUACACGUACAUUAUUGGAACACUCCUCCCACCUCCCUUAUCGUUGCAUCUCACAUUGCAUCCUGUUAUGAAGCGGCGUUUGGGCUCCCUCUCUCCUUUUCAACACAUCCUUGACACCCUUUUUUCUAUCCUAACGAUUUUGUUCAUCCUCUUUUCUUUUUCUUUUUCCUUAUUCUCUGUUGCGCCAUUCUUCGCAACACAAUACCCCCCCUUCUUUCUUCUUUGGUGCCCAGCAUGGGAUUGUACAUAGGAUGUACCAUAAAUUCCAUAUUAUUGGCAAUACCCUCCAAGUAUAAAAACGGG